GUUUUCCGUGAUAGUCUCAACCAUGGCUCGCAACUUCCUCACUCUUUUGUUACUCGGCAGCGUUGCCGUUGCGACCGCGCAGAGUCCCGAAAAGUUAUUGGGAGCGAGCGACGCGCAGCCGGGCCAAUUUCCUUACAUGGUGUCGCUUCGUUUAAACGGCAACCACAUGUGCGGCGGUGCAAUUAUUAGCCAGUACCAUGUUCUCACCGCCGCGCACUGCGUGAAAGCCCUCGUCGAUUACACGAACUACGUCUCUGUCGUUACCGGCACUAUCUACCUUCACGAGGGUGGCCAGAGCUAUGGUGUGGCCGCCAUGUUUACUCAUCCAGGUUACAACCCUGGCAGUCAGCCGAACAAUGACGUCGGUGUGAUCAAGCUAGCCGAACCCAUAAGUUACAACGAGUGGCAGCAAAGCAUACCCCUUCCCACUGCCGACCCACCGGCCGGCAACUACGUCGUCGUGUCCGCUUGGGGUGAGACAUCGCCACCCCCGUACGGACCUCUGCCCAACACGCUGCAUUACGUGUACCUGAUGGUCAUCAGCUACGGGGAAUGUUCUCGUUACCAUGAACUCGAUGUGUCGAGGAAAGUGGUCUGCACGUUUGACGGCGUCGGCAUCGGCUUGUGUCCUGGUGACAGCGGCAGCCCGGUUGUUUACAACAAUCAAAUCGUCGGCGUGGUGUCCCGUGGAAUUCCUUGCGCGCGCGGCGUGCCCGACGUGUCCACCAGUGUGUACGACACCCUCGAUUUCAUUCGCGCAGCGAUGGAAUUGUAA